AUGUCCGGAAACGAAGGCACUGAGGGCCAGCCGGGCAACAAUCUAUCUCCUGUUCAGUACAAAACUGUAUCUUCUUCUCCAUUGAAACCCGAAGCGAGUACUCAGGAUGCACAGAAAUUACGCGAACAGUUUGUUUUCAAGCCCAAUAAUAAUCUCUCUAGCGCCAUCACGAGUACAGGUCAAACAGCGUCAUCUGCCACAAGUGGUACCGCAGCUCCUGUAAAUCCAAAUGCAUUUGAAUCGUUGGUGGCUGAAUUUCCAGACUUUUCGCAGACGCUAGUGCAAGCAGUCUACAAAUCUAACUCUUUUGAUUUGUCUCUUGCUAGAGAAAGGCUUACAAGAAUUCGGAACCAGAGAAAGAACUGGGUCAGCUCAAAGAAUUUAAACUCAAAUGUUGCUCGUGGAAGCAGGGCUGCUAGUACUGGUACGGGGAGAUUAAGUGGCAUUAAUAAUACAUCUGACUCUUCAAAAAUUGUGUUGGAAAAACAGAAGAAAUCUAUCUUCGAUAGAUAUUCGAGCGCUGUAAAUAGUAAUGCACAGAACAGUGGAAUCAACUCUGAGCUGUUUGAAAAAAUGCAACGUAACGGAAGUCAUAAGAAGAGAAAGCUUGUCAGAGGCGAUAAAUUGGCUGGUGAUGAGAGUUAUGUAGAUAGCUCAAAUUCUCAGUUAGCUAAAGCAAAGCAACAGCUACUGAAAAGUCGUAAUAAAAAGUUCAAUCUUUCUGAUGAUGAAGAGGAAGUAGGCAAUGAUAAUGGAGACUUUUCAGACGCUAGUGGAGAUGAAUACGAGGAGCAUACUCCUGUGGCUAAUAUUGAUGAUCAGAUCUUGGAAUUUUUGAAUAACUCUGAAAUAGAUGAUAUUAUGGAUUUGGGUGAAGUUUCUUAUGAAAGAGCUAAAAUAAUUCAAUCCGCAAGACCCUUCACUUCCUUGUAUUCGUUUUCUCAACAAGAAUUUUUGACAGAAGAAGAGAAGGAAAAGCAGGCUAAACUUCUAGCUCAGCCUAAGAAGAGGGGUAGAAGAGGAGCUGCCCAAAGAAAGGAAGGUGAGAAAGUUCUAGAUAGAGUUUCACAAGCUAUGAGAGGUUAUAAUGCCAUUGAAUCUGUCAUCAAGACAUGUUCACAAUAUGGUAAACUAGUCUCCUCUCAAAUAAAAAAAUGGGGUGUCAAAGUAGACGCGGAAAAUGGUGAUGAUGGAGAGCUUGAUUUUAUUAAUGUUGGUUCUGAAACUGAAGGUGACGCCAUUGUUGAGGAUUUUAGCUCGUCCGCUCAAACUCCAGCACCCGAAAUGUCAGAUAGCGAAGGCUCAGAAGAAAUUAAGCUUGAAGAUGUCAAUAAGAAACUCGAGAGCACUACUGAUAAUAAUAACAAGGACGAUGGAGCCACACUUGAAACUGCUUCAGAACCUAAGCUUGACACUAUGGAAGAGAAGGAUAAAACCACUGACACUUCUGUUGAAAAAACUGAAGAAAAUACGGCUAAUGUCAAGGUAGAAGACACAGACAAAGCAAAUGACGAUCCAGAUAGCGAUUUUCAGGCUGAUGAAGAAAUGGAAUUUAUUGAUGAGGAUGAGGAAGAUGAGGAAUACGAUGAAGAACUUCCGGUAACAAGAAGGACUAGGAAUACUGGCGGGAAUUUCAGAAAGGAAGUUGUGAAAAAGAAUAGUGUUGUUAAAUUUUUCAGAGGGAGACCAAAACUUCUAAACCCUGAUGUUUCAUUGAAAGACUAUCAACAGACUGGUAUCAACUGGCUAAACUUAUUAUAUCACAAUCAAAUUUCUUGUAUAUUGGCUGAUGAUAUGGGUCUGGGAAAGACAUGUCAAGUCAUAUCUUUCCUAGCUUAUUUGAAACAAAUCGGUCAGCCAAGUCCGCAUUUGAUUGUGGUUCCUUCUUCGACGUUAGAAAACUGGUUGAGAGAAUUCCAAAAAUUUUGUCCUUCAUUAAAAAUUGAGCCAUAUUACGGUACUCAACAAGAAAGAGCUGAUCUUCGAGAGAUAUUAGAGCGUAAUGAUGGGAAAUAUGAUGUUAUUGUCACAACAUAUAACCUUGCUGCAGGUAACAAGUACGAUGUAUCAUUUUUGAAGACCAGAAAUUUCAAUGUAGUUGUAUAUGAUGAAGGCCAUAUGUUAAAGAACUCAAUGUCUGAGAGAUUUAAUAAGCUGAUGAGAAUUCAUGCUAAUUUCAGGCUGCUUCUAACGGGUACACCAUUGCAAAAUAACUUAAAGGAGCUAAUGUCUUUGUUAGAGUUUAUUAUGCCGAAUCUUUUUGUAUCCAAAAAGGAGUCCUUAGCUGCAGUUUUCAAACAAAGGGCGAAGACAUCAGAUGAUAACAAGGGACACAACCCUCUGUUGGCUCAACAAGCAAUCACCAGAGCGAAGACCAUGAUGAAACCAUUUAUUUUACGUAGAAGGAAGGAUCAAGUGUUGAAGCACUUGCCUGCAAAGCAUGUCCGUACCAGUUACUGUGCAAUGAAUGACACUCAGAGGGAGAUAUACAACCGUGAAGUGAAGCUUGUAAUGGAGCACAAGCAAAUGAUCAGGGAUGGCACAUUACCUGAAGACAAGAAAGAGCGUAGUAAGAUUGAGAACAACAGCUCAAAGAAUUUGAUCAUGUCUCUAAGAAAAGCAUCUAUUCAUCCAUUAUUGUUCCGUCACAUCUAUGAUGACGCGAAGAUAGACAAGAUGUGUGAUGCGAUUUUGGAUGAGCCAGCUUACGCGGAGAAUGGUAAUAAGGAGUAUAUCAGGGAGGAUAUGAGUUUUAUGACUGAUUUUGAGUUGCACAGGCUAUGUUGCAACUUCCCUAACACACUAGGUGAUUAUCAGCUGAAAAACGAUGAAUGGAUGAAUAGUGGUAAAGUGGAUGCUCUAAAGAAGUUGCUAGAUGAUAUCAUCAACAAGAAACGUGAGAAAGUGUUGAUCUUCACACUGUUCACGCAGGUGUUAGAUAUCCUGGAGAAAGUAUUGAGCACCUUGAACUAUAAAUUUCUGAGACUCGAUGGGUCCACCCAGGUGAACGACAGACAAACGAUGAUCGACAAGUUCUACGACGAUAACACCAUCCCCAUCUUCAUGCUAUCUACCAGAGCAGGUGGGUUUGGUAUCAAUCUGGUGUGUGCGAACCAUGUGAUCAUCUUCGACCAAAGUUUCAACCCACACGACGAUAGACAGGCGGCCGACAGAGCGCACCGUGUGGGCCAGACCAAGGAAGUCACAGUGACCACGCUGAUUACCAAGGACAGCAUAGAGGAGAAGAUCUUCCAGCUGGCGAAGACCAAGCUGGCGCUGGACAGUCAAGUCAGCAGCAGCGAGGACCAAAGCGAUCUGAUAGACAACAAGGUCAGCGAUCUCCUGGAAGACAUCAUAUACACAGAAGCUCAAAAGAAGUAA